AUGGUUUACUUGACUCUAAGAUCAUCGAGUCAGUUGAAUAAGUUCGAAGUGGGAUGCAAUCUGGAGCUCACGGAUUCCACCAAACCGCCAUAUCAAAUUUCACCUCUGUGUGAUGAUGUGAUAUUUCUGUCGCGGUUUCAACCGCUCCUCAUCAACGUGCAUCCUCGAAACGUGUGGACAACACAGACCCUGCAAAGCGCUGAGACAUCAAACUCCCACAUUCGUCUCACCCUCUCCUACCGAUUGGUCUGCCCUCCUAACCACUACGGCGAGGCGUGCGAACGCUACUGCGCGCCUCGAGACUCACUCCUGGGGCACUACAAGUGUGAUCCUAGGGACGGAAGAAUUGCAGCUCAAGAUUCGUGGAGUCGCGAUGUUACAGAAGAUCAUGGAUACGCAAGCGUGUCAAAACCAGGCACCGUAAUACAGUGUCGCGAGGGUUGGGAGGGCGAGGCCUGCAACCAAUGCAUCCCCUUUCCGGGGUGUAGCCACGGCACUUGCAAGUUUAAUUGGUCUUUGGGUCAGCACGAACCCUUCACCUGUGAAUGUCAACCCGGAUGGAGUGGCAUGCUGUGUACAAUCGACACCAAAUUUUGCUCAAAUCACCCCGGCACCUGUCUCCACGGUGGAAUUUGUCACAACACACCACCUGAAACUUCACCUGGUUAUAUUUGUCAAUGUCAACUGGGCUAUGAGGGCUAUCAUUGUGAGAUUCCCAACCAGGACUGUCGAAUUCAUUGGUGCAGUGGUCAUGGAGUUUGCCAAGGGAACGGAAGUUGCAAAUGCUUUGACGGAUUCUAUGGUUCGAACUGUCAAUUUAACCAGACCGAGUGUUCACAAAAUCCCUGUCAGGGGAAUAGAUCUGUUUGCAUACCUUUAAAGCCUGCCAAGGAAAGCAGCCUUCAUUCCGCCACAGAGACCAUCAACUUCCGUUGUGAAUGUCAGCCUGGACUGAGCGGGAGGAACUGUGAGCGGAAGAUUCGUCAAUGCGAUGCAAAUCCCUGUCAACACGGUUAG